GCACAGACCCGUCUCGAGCCCUGAAGCACCUCUACAGAAACUACUGCACCCUAUCAGAGGUUGAAUAUGGUUCAUUAAACGCGUGUAUUGGGAUUUAUAUCAGACCAACCGACCAAAUCGAUCCGAUAAAGCUCGCUGAGAUUUACUGCGGAACCGUUUCACCGCAAGCAGGAACCUGCGCUCUGUGUCUGCCAUCAACAGUUUCUACCCGGAGCCAUAACACAGAGGCACGCAGUUUGGGAGAGAGGGAAAGAAGAGGAUGGCAGGUUCAAGAGUGAGUAACUUUUAAAUACAUCUGUAAAAUGAAUGAAUUGUACUUAAAUAAAGCUUUACCAGAACAGAUGUUCGUUUGCAGUGGGUGGUGGUAACACUUUAGAUACAUAAGUGUGUAGUAAACAGAGGUUCACCAUAGCGACAUGUUUGGACAUGUCUAGUCUGGCGCUUGCUCACGCCCUCUAUUGAACAUGUAUACACCAUACAGUCUAUGGUAUACACUCUUUAUACUGGCAGAGCAGUUUGGUUCCUUAAAAUUAAUACUUUUGACAAAUACUUUAUAUUUCUUGUUUGUAAUAGCUUAUUUUCACGUUUUUAUUUGUGAUUUCGCCUGCUUUCCAAACCUGAUUUACAUGUCUCCCCGUAGUCAGCGUUGGUGCUCUGCAUGGAUGUUGGACUCUCUAUGUCCAACAAUGCUCCGGGUGAAGAGUCUGCCUAUGAACAGGCCAAAAAAGUCAUGCAGAAGUUUGUCCAGCGCCAGGUAAAUGUAUCAUUUCUAGGACUAGUAAUUAUAUAGUCUUAAUGUUGUUAUCCAGUCAAGCCCAAAAUUAUUCAUACCCCUGACAAAUUUUGACUUAAAGUUACUUUUAUUCAACCAGCAAGUUUUUUGUUAAUUGGAAAUGACACAGGCAUCUCCCAGAGGUUGAUAAGACGAUGUACAAGAGGCAUCAUUGUGGAAAGAAAUAUUUCAAAGCUUUUAUUUACAUUUGAACAAAAAGUGGCAUGUCCAAAAUGAUUCAUACCCUUCUCGAUAAUCAAUAGAAAAGCCUUUAUUGGCUAUUACAGCGAUCAAGCGCUUCCUAUAAUGGCUGACCAGCUUUUUGCAUGUCUCCACUGGUAUUUUCGCCCAUUCAUCUUUAGCGAUGAGCUCCAACUCUUUCAGGUUGGAGGGCCUCCUUGCCAUCACCCUGAUCUUAAGCUCCCUUACCUCCACAGAUUCUCUAUUGGAUUCAAAUCAGGACUCAGGCUGGGCCACUGCAAAACGUUAAUGUUUUUGUCUGCUAACCAUUUCUUUACUACUUUUGCUGUGUGUUUUGGCUCGUUGUGGUGCUGAAACAUCUACUGGUACCCAAGGCCAAGUUUCUCUGCAGACUGCUUGGUGUUGUUGUUGAGAAUCUUGAUGUAUUGUUCUUUUACAGGGUGCCAUUUACUGUGAUUAGGUUCCCUGGUCCACUGGCUGAAAAACACCCCCAAAGCAUUAGGUUCCCACCACCAUGUUUGACAGUGGGGAUUGUGUUCUUAGGGUUGAUGGCUUCUCCUUUUUUACGCCAAAUGAAGGCUACAUCAUUGUGGCCAAACAAGUCAAUUUUUUGUUUCAUCUGACCACAUGACAGAAGACCAGAAGUCUUUUUUUUUUGUCCAGAUGAGCUUUUGCAAAGGCCGAGCAGGCGUUUGUGUUCCUUAUCUGAAGAAGUGGCGUCCUCCUUGGUCUACGUCGGUGGAACCCCACAGUGUGCAGUGUCCGUUGGUCUGUCUGCCUUUAGAUGUUGCCACCAGCAGAGCCCAGAUUCACCAGGAUGGCCUUGCCGGUGAUCCUUGGAUUCUUUUUCACCUCUCUCACUGUCCUCCUGGCCAGCACAGGUGUCACUUUAGGCUUCCGACCACGUCCUCUGAGAUUUUCCACAGUGCAGAAUAUCUUGUAUUUUUUAAUAACACUUUGCACUGUAGCCACUGGAACUUGAAAACAUUUAGAUAUGGCCCUAUAGCCCUUUCCUGACUUGUGAGCAGCCACAAUGCGCAGCCGCUGGUCCUCAGUGAGCUCCUUUGUCUUAGUCACGACUGUCCAAAACUGCAGAGAGCUGUUUUUCACCUGUUGAGUUGAUUAAAACAGCUGUUUCCAAUUAAUCAGGGUAAUUAGGAUGCUUUAGAACAGCUUGGACUAUUUGGAAUGGUAUAGAACUUUGGAUUCUCUCAUAGUCUGUGACAGUUUGCAAAGGGUAUGAAUAAUUUUGGACAUGCCACUUUUUGUUCAAAUUUAAAUAAAAGCUUUGAAAUAUUUCUUUCCACAAUUAUGCCUCUUGUACAUCAUCUUAUUAUCUUCUAGGAGAUGCAUGUGUCAUUUCCAAUUAAUAAAAAACUUGCUGGUUGAAUAAAAGUAACUUUAAGUCAAAAUUUGCCAGGGGUAUGAAUGAUUUUGGGCUUGACUGUAGUCUUAAUCUGUCUGACAUUCUAGUCUGCACUGGUCUUUCACAGGUGUUUGCAGAGACAAAGGAUGAACUGGCUUUAGUUCUCUUUGGCACAGACUCCACAAAUAACCGUCUGGACCAGGAUGGACAGUACCAGAACAUCACAGUGCACCGUCAUCUGAUGAUACCUGAUUUUGAGCUCCUGGAGGAAAUAGAGAAUCAGAUCCAGCCAGAGAAUUCACAGGCAGACUGUAUCCUUUUACUGGACUCUGUAUUUAUCAGUUUACUUAUAGGCUUUGCCGGUUUGGACACAUUAAGGCUGACUAGUCAUAAUACUGUGGACAUCUGAGCAAUUUUAACUUCUUUCAGGAGGCCUCUUUUUCAGUUCUUGACAUGAUCAAACAGGUGAUUAUUAUACUUAUUGGAGUUGUAGUGGGCGGUGAUGUACUAGAGAGUGUUGUACUGAAAAGCAGUAUAACUGAUAAGCUCCUUGAACCUUUAUCAAGUCAAGGUUCAAAGGUUUUGCAACAGUUGCUGGUAUGCUACUCUUCAAUUUCCCUGUGUCACUUCACCUGUCUUAUUUUAUAAUGGCACUUUAAAAAAAUCAUCCUCUAUGUUCUUCAACUGUCAAUGAAAACUUAAGAAAAUGUCAACAAGCAGAUGUGAAAUGUCCCAGACCCCUUUUUACAGCCAGAUUUGAUAUCAUGCAUGUCAUUUGGUUCUUCCUUUGGUUGUUUUGCUAUUGAGAAUACAUCAUCUUUGUUCAGGGUUUAGACUAAUCCUAAAUGGUUUUUAACACAGAAGGGUAAUGGUGGAUUAUUCAUGGCCUCAAAUACACCUAACCAGGAGAAAGAAAAUUCAUGGACUAGUUUUUGUGCAGCAGUCUGAGAAAGGUUGUGUUUGAUUUUUUUACUAUAUUGUGAAGGGGAUAAAAGAAUUUACUUAAAAUCUGGGAUGCAUUAGAGUCUGUGGUCACCUUAACUCUUUUUCAUUAGGGCUGGAUGCACUUGUUGUCUGCAUGGAUCUCAUCAAGACUGAAACAAAGUAAAAAAACAAACUCACCUUUGUCCAUGCUUUUUGUUGAUUUGUUUGUUUGCAACUCAUUUAACCUUUACUUUUUUAAUUGCUUUUUAAUGAUAGUUUUAUAAUAGUGUCACUUUUUAUCAUUUCUUUUAGGGACAAGAAGUAUGAUCGUUUCAUCAUUGCUCUCCUGACUGACCUCAGUACUCAGGCCAGUUCUGAGCACCUGGACGUUAUCAUUGAAAAUCUGAAACAAACAGACAUCACCUUGCAGUUUUUGUAAGUUCAGAUACAAACAGCCGACUAUCAUAGUUAAUCCUGCCAGAGGUUUCAACAAAUAAUUCUCUAAUUUGGUUUAAAAACAACAAAACAGAAGUGCUGAUACACAGCACCGAAUACAGGCUUAUUGUGGAGAUAUAUUGUUUUACCAAAAGUGAGUAAUUUGAUUAAAUCAAAUCAGUCAUUGGUUCAAAAAAUGCUUUCAUGGAUUGUUCCAGUUGAAGUGAAGUCUACUGACUUCUGUAACUAAUCUUAAAUGUUUUUCAGUUUGCCAUUCCCUGCAGAGGAAGAUGAAGAUGAAAAUGGUGGCAGAGAUGCAGACAGACGAGGUCCUGGUCACCCAGGCACAGGAAAGGGACUGACCAGUGAACAGAGGGAUGGCCUGGACAUGGUGAAACAUGUCAUGCUCACCCUGGAUGAAGACGAAGGCCUGGGGGAAAUUUAUACAUUCAGGUUUGAGGGGUCAUGUGGCAGUUCUUUCUCCCUGACAUCCAUUUUCAUGUGAAUAACAGAUUUGUCCCACUGAGUUCUCUGAUUGCAUGAUGUCAUAAAACUUGGCGUUCUCUGUGCUGUAUUUACGCUGCAGGAAUGCAAUUGAACAGCUGCGCAUGUUCAAGCGGAUCGAGAAAAGGCCCACUGCCUGGCCCUGUCAGCUGACCAUCGGCAGCUGUCUGUCGAUUCGUAUUAUUGGAUACAAAGCAGUAAGUUCAGUGAAGUCAAACAGACAAACAUAAACUCUGCUUUCAUUAAAGAUGAAUAUAAAUUCAAGGCAAAUUUGAUGUCUUCCUUUUCAUUAUCUUUUAACCUGGUUGUCCUGACAGUGACGCUUAAACUCUGGUUCUCCAGGUGACAGAUGAGAAAAUGAAAAAAAUGUGGGUUACAGUCGAUGCACAAAGCAACCAGAGAGAGGACGUAAAGAGAGAGACUGUCUACUGCCUGGAUGAUGACAAUGAGACGGAGGUGCAAAUGGAUGAUACUAUCCAAGGUGAGGGAGAAGGUGAAAUUAUAAUGUCUUAUAAUUCUGUUGUGAAAUAAGAUCCUCAAAGAAGACUUCCUCUGUCUUUAAUAUUCAGGUUUUCGCUACGGGAGUGAUAUUGUCCCCUUCUCAAAAGUCGACCAAGACCAGAUGAAAUACAGACACGACGGGAAGUGCUUUGCAGUUUUAGGCUUUACCAAGCAGAGCCUGGUAUUGUUCUUUAUUUUUAAGUACACGUCAUUUAAAAAGUGUUCAAAUAAACUUAAUCUCAUGUUCAGUACUGCAGUGGUUAUUUUUACUCACUUUUCUUUCUCCAUCCUUUACCUGAAGGUGCAACGCCAUCACUUCAUGGGGAAUCAAGUCAUGAAGAUUUUUCCUGCCAAGGAUGACGAGGUGGUAAUAAAAUAACUGGAUUCAUGUUGAUGCAGGCUCUGUGCUGUUGCUGACAGGUUUUUGUUUCCUGUUUUCUUGGAGCAGCAUGCAGCAGUUGCUCUGUCAUCUUUAAUUCGAGCGCUUGAUGAACUUGAAAUGGUCGCUAUUGUACGUUACGCCUACAACAAGGUCAGCAACCCUCAAGUAGGAGCAGCGUUUCCUUGUGUGAAGCAGAACUAUGAGGUGAGAUCACAGAGAAUAAUGUUAAUCGACUGAAUCUGUGAGGAAAUGAGCAAAGAGAUAAUGAUCCUUCGUUCAACCUCAACAGUGCUUAAUGUACGUCCAGCUGCCCUUCAUGGAGGACCUCAGACUGUUUACAUUUCCAUCUCUUGAGAACAACAAAAAGUUUACUCCAUCAGGUACGAUUUUGACUGGUUGGAUCUUACCAAACCAUUUUUGAUGCCCACCACCUCACUUGGCAAGUUUUUUCUUUUAAUGACCAAACUACUAUUAUUUUUUCACAUUUUUAUAAUUUUACAACCAACAUCAAAACAACUGAAGACAAAGCCUGAAGAAGAUGGUCAUCAACAAAGAGAGACAAAGAAAUCAAUCUGACAGAAACAGUUUAUUCUCUGUGCCAGGAAGGAAUUCUAGAUUAGACACAAAAUCCAUAAACACAGGCAAGUGUGACAGAUUGACCCUGAACUUCAGCCAGAACCGAAAUAAACCUCCCUGGAGUGUCAGGAAGUUCUUCUGUGUUUUCAAGAUUGUGAGUUCAUGCCCGUCUCAGGAAGGUCCGCUUUAAAACUGAUGACAGAGCCUGCACCCGGCACAGAACAGAGUUUGACAGGGACAUUCUUUCAAACACAGAGAUGACCGUUUUCUUAUCUUGGCCGUACAUCAGACCAUACAGUGCUCAGCAUAAAUGAGUUCACCCCUUUAGAGUUGUCAGAAAACAUUUAGUUUCCUUUCAAAAUCAACAUUUUCUAUGUCAGACUUUACAACAAAAUACACCCCCAAACGUAGGCCAUUGAUUGCAAACAAGAUUUUUUAAGUUACAUACAAAAAAAGUAUGUAUUUUUUUCAAUUUAAAAUCAGGAUGCAAAAAUGAGUACACCCCAAUCAAAGUUCUGGGAGCAAAACCUGUCAAAACUUUGGAAAUUGUACUUUUGCUCAUCUAGAUAUUGAGUAAUACAUUACUUUCAAUAGGGGGUGCACUGACUUAUGCUGGGCACUGUAUAUCAGAUCCUGUAUUGAUGAUUGAUCUAUUGUUUACACAAAACAACCACAUGGCUUGUAUGAGAUCCAUGCCAACUACAACAGGACUCUGAGCAGCUAACUUUGUCUGUAGGUAACAGCGCAACAAAGUGAAACAUCUUUAUGGAUACUAAAAACAAUAAAACCUGCACGAAACUAAAUGUUGUAAUCGCAUAGUAUGCUCACCAGUGUCAGAGGAACUCCAACCAUUGAAUAUAACCCAGAUGAAUUGUAAAUGAACCACCGAUAUGCAAAACGACCUGUAGUUAGUGUUGUUAUCUGUUUACUGAGUACAACCGCUCCAGGCUGCACUCUGUUUGAGUUACACUUCAAACAUGCUCCCAGCAGGGCAGGGUAUGCCCUUUAGACAGAGCUGAACCAGAACGAGGCGCACACGCAUCCUUUGGGUUUUUGGUAGACAUGACUGUGGCAGAUUUUGGUGCUUUUGGAUGUGCUCUCAGACUGCAGUGUCAGGAUAGGAUUGAAAGUACCUUAGCUGUAGAAAAACUGGAGUUUGCAGUUAUAUUUUUAACCAAAUGCUGCUAUGAGAGAAAGGCAGGAGCAGUUGAGCAGGAAAGUGUAUUCACAGUUACUAAUACAGUUGAACUCUAAUGAACUGACAAACACAUCCACAUCUCCACACAAAUGAGCUCGAAUGAGCUGGAUUUAGUCUAAAUGCAGAUCUGCUUCAUCUUGCAUACUAUGUGUCCUUGUACUCUCUGUCAUACCUGCAGCUCUGAAAUAGCCACAACAAUAACAGCUCUCAUUUACAAUUGGCAAUCAUCUACACUGAUGAAGUCAUCCGGGCUCUGUUGUUAACAGAGCACAGAGGAGGGAGACAGUGAUAUCACCUGAUCGCUGUGUUUUUUAUGUCCUGACCAGCAGACGACGACUCACACACAAAAAUGUCCCAAACACUGUUGUUUGAUCAGGAAAUCAUAUACCCAUCACGACGGACGGAGGGCAGAUUGUCUGCAGAUAGAGACUCUUACAAGCACUUCAACCUGAUUAUGUAAGCCAUUUUUCAUAUACCCAUCACGACGGACGGAGGGCAGAUUGUCUGCAGAUAGAGACUCUUACAAGCACUUAAACCUGAUUAUAUAUAUAUUCUGGUCCCAUGAUAACCCAACCCUUUUUAGUGUUUGCAGACUGGAUCACACCGGCUGUGCUGAUAGUAAUUACAUGACAGAAACAAUGACAGCUUGGAUUUUAAUGGUCUCUGUAUGAUUUUCCCAAGAAUCCCAACUGUCAGCUGUGGACUCUCUCAUUGACUCCAUGAUGCUGGUGGAGGAGGAAGAAGAUGGAGAGAAGAAGGACCUGUUCAAGGUUCAUCAAAUUCCCAAUCCUGCCUUCCAGAGGCACUUCCAGGUACUGCAGUUCAGCUUGGAUUUCAAAGUUACAGAACUCCUUUGAUUUGUCCGACUUAGGGUGGGCGGUGUACUUAUGAAGAUAUGCGUUUAAUUCUCAGCUCAAUCACACACAAAAAAAAAACUCUUCUUGCAGUGUCUGCACCAUCGGGCAUUGAACCCUGACACUCCUCUUCCCGCCAUGGAGCCAUGGCUAAAGGCUGCUCUCGAGCGUCCUGAAGUCAUCAGUGAACGUUGCAAGGCUCCUCUAGGGGAUGUGAAGAAGCAGUUUCCUCUCACAGAGGUGGAGAAGAAAAAGCAGCUUAAGACGAGUGCUCAGAUCUUUGGCAAAGAGUAAGUUUGGUUUUGUAUUGAGGUGGAAUAGAAUUGCCAUUUAAAGGGAUAUUCUGGCAUAAAUUUAAGUUAUGGUCAAACACACCGUAACACCGAGUUACACACCCCAUUGAGAGAUGAAUGUUGCCAACCGCUUGGUUCUCGAGUUACACCAACUUUUGUAACGACCACAUGAUAGCAAUACACAACGGCCUGAGGAGCCAUAAACAAACCUCAACCAAAAAGCCACUCUAUAGCCACAAAUAAUGCUGAGAACAGCACCUAACUUCAUCAACAGUACAUAUAGGGUCCCAGCCAUAGCACUAACCAUCAAACAUCUUUUUUAACUUUGCCUACUGUCUUUCGCAAAGAGACUAAACACAACUCACCCACUCUCUUCCAGCAGCCGCUUGUUUGUGGGGGAGCCCUGAUGAGUCGAUCACUGAGUGCCGCUGAAAAUGUAUGAUUAUUACUUCAUGGAAAUACAAUCAGACCGAGACACUGAGGCCGAAGAACUUCUGUGUCUGCAGUGCAAAAUGAUUAUUAUGAGGAUUAUUACUUCAAGAAAAUGAUCUGCUGCACUCGGUGAUCGACUGGUCAGGGCUUUCCCACAAACAAGCUGAAGUUGGUAUAACUAGAGAAGCAAGCUGUCAGCAACAUUCAUCUCUCGAGGAGAUAUAUAACUCUGUGUUCCGGUGUGUUUGACCAUAACUUAAAUUUACACUGAAAUAUCCCUUUAAGUUUGUUAAUACUCAUACACCUGUGAGUCAUUUUCUGUGUAAUGUGCGAGAGGUUUAACAGAGUCUUUUGAAUGAUUUUUGUACUUAAACUGGCCUUUUUUUGUCAUUUACAGCUCAGAGGAACCAGAUGCCAAGAAGGCCAAAGGAGAUGAAGAGGAGGGGGAGUAUAAUCUGGCUGACAUUGCCGAAGGCUCUGUUACUUCAGUAAGUAGCAAGGGAGGCUGGGUGGCAAAAUCAUCCUUGAGAGAUAAUAACUUUGGAUAAACAUCACCAAUAUUGAAUUAGAUAAAGUCCCCCUUGUUUGAAUAGUCUUAACACAGCAUUACUCCUUCACUUAAUAAUUUUAAACUCUGAACCAGGUGGGAAGUGUGGAUCCAGCCCGAGAUUUCCGUACUCUCAUCAAGCAGAAGACUCUUCCAUUUGGAGAGGGUGAGGUCCAGUUUUAAUCUUCCUCGCUCCUCUGGCAUGCUGGUCUGAUAAACAUUUUCUCCUGGUGGUAUUAUAAACCCUCAUGACUCAUGUUCAGCCCUUGUAAUUGUGUUUAUCUCUUUGUUUGGUUGUGGUGACCCCCGUGUCCUUCCCAGCCUGUCAGCAACUGACUCACAGGAUCGAGCAGUUGCUUAGCAACAAGAACACGCACUACUACAUGAAAAGCAUCACCUGCAUUCAGGCUUUCAGGGAGCAGUCGAUUAAGGUAAACAUACAGUCACUAUCUUCAGGUUUGGGAGUGUGUGGUGAUGUAAGGCCGGAGGUGGGUGGUGGUCUGUUUAGGUGCUUCUUUAAAAGGAUUUUCACAAAGAAGAACACAAAGUUUUGGCUCUGCAGUGGAGAUUAUGAGUCAAUUUGAGAUUACGAAGAGUCUGUUUCAUUUCUCACGACUUGAACCGGGGCCAGUACUUAUGCGAGUCUGUUUAAGUGCCUGUAUGUAGAUGUGGGCUUCUCAGAGACUCAAAAAGGUUUUGAAGUUUUCUGUUUUUUUUUUUUUUAAUUUCAGCUCGAGAAUGCAGAUUUGUACAAUAGCUACCUCCAAUCCCUGAAAAGGAGCAUCCCAAACAGAGGGCUGGGGGUCUUCUGGGACCUGCUUGUUCAAGGUGCGAUAAGCCUCUUUACCACUGGGCUGCAGAAUUGUUUGCAAAUUGCUCUUCCCUCGAGAAGUGAUGAAGUUUCCAAACAAUAGCUGGAGUCUCAAAUAUGUAAACACAACCAAAAAAGGAGGCUGAAUCACAGUCUCCUUUAAAUAGCUCUGUCUUUUAAAUGACUCUCACUGCUUGACUGACAGACGGCGUAACUUUGAUCAGCAAGGACGAAGUUGAAGGAUGCAAAGUUUCCAAAAGUGAAGCCAAUCAGGUGACUUAAGGCAAAACGCUCCUUUUAAAUCUGCUGGGGCAAAAUGAUUAUUUUUGUAACUUUGGCCAUAAUAAGACAGAUCUCCUGACCUAAGUCUGUUUUGUCUUCAGUUUCUUGUUUCUGAAGAGAAAAAGGAGGAGGCAGCUGCACCCCCACCAGCUGAAGAUACAGGCGACUUUGACGACUUGGUAAGUUUCUUUUCAAUAUUUUUUACUGCUCAUGUUAAAGCCAUUUCCUCCUAAUGCUUGAUGAUGGGUCUGGCCUAAAGAGACCCGACACCAACUCCCCAGCCUUAACGCCUCCUUUUACUCUCUUCCUGUGCAGCUGGACAUGAUGUAAGAAGGGAGGCUUUGCUGUGGACACACAGAGCAAUGAGAAGAAUGUGAUCCCUCAGUCCAAACCAAAUCAGCUGUCCAUUGUUCCCCCUCCCACGCAAAGACUCUUUCUAACCGCAAAGUGCAAAGUUAACAUCAGUAUAUAAGUAAUUGUAAGUUCAGGGUUUUUAUUGGUGGUGUUUGUUUUAUACUCCAUGUUUUUCAUGUCUUCUUCAUGUCUUAAAAUUGCAGUGCAUUAGCGUCCUUUUCUGACACCAAAAAAAAAAAAAAAAAACAGCUCUUCAUUGUCUUAGUAGAUUUAUUAAACAAAAUCAUAAGCUCAAUAGUAAAAGUUGCUCAACUUGAAUGGUGUGUUUGUAUCAAAAGUCUGGAGUUGAAUAGUGCAGUAGAGUGAUGCUGUGAUUUUCACUAGGAACGUGAAGCAGAAACAUACUUGACUGCUAUCUCUUGCUUAAAAUACCUGAUUAAGAGCAUUAGCACCAAUACGGCGUCAGCGUCCCUGAUGUCUUUCUUUAACAUACCCAAUGGUAGAAACGGUCAAACCAACUGGAUCGAGCCUGACCUGAGAAGUCUUUACUUUUAAAGAUGGCGGCCUGGUCACCCAUGACCAGCUUUGUCAGGACUUGUUGGUUAACGUCAUUUCCUGUGGCCAACACUACAGAAACAACCUUUGCCCCACGCAUGGCGCUGACCGCCUCGUCCAGGUUCCGGGUGUCAGUGACGCCAUCUGUGAUGAAAACAAACAAAACUUCCGCGUACCGUCUUGUCUUGCGGGCGGUUCCCUUCCCCAUGAUGUUGUCAAUGGCGUAGAAGAUAGCAGGCCCCACGUUGGAGGAGGAAUCAAAGUAAGUCAGGUUGGCUAUGCCGUCCAUAAUGACAGCAAGAUCGUGUGUGAGGGGGAAAGCGACAGCGUUCUCAUUCUCUUUCCCAAACUGUAACAGUGCCAUACGGGCUCCUGCGCGGUCAGUCUUGGUACGGGCCAUCACCAUCCGCUCCGCAAACUCGGAGACAAACUCUUUGACAUGUCGGAAGUUCUCAGAUCCAAGGCGCUCAGAACCAUCAAGUAGGAAAACCAAAUCUACCGGCCUCUGGACACAUGGAGCUACAUCAGGUUCUUUAAAAACAGAAACAAAUCAGUCACUGAGCUGCAAACCAUUUCUGCAAGUAAGAAAUAAUCAAGCUGUGAAGAGCUCUCACCACUUUCACAAGGGAGGUUAGGACACACGAUCUGCGGAUCUAUGAAGACAUCAAGAGGGCAGGAGUUAGACUAAAGAUUAGUAGUAUCACUAAUGUGUUUCAGUGCAAGAGCAGCCUUACCAGGACACAGCACGGUCUCCAUCUUGUCUAUGAAGUUCUCUGCCACUAGCUCAGUGUAAAGUCUGAAUGUUUGAACUUGGUCCUUCCUGUCACAAGCAAUUGACCCCAAGGUCUCAUCAUCCUCCGCCUUUUUAAAAAUAUCACCAACCCCGAUGGCAUGCACCACCACCUGGUCGUCGUUGCAAAGGUAAGUGAGCAGAGGAUCCUCAUCACGUGGAUCAUAUCGGCCAUCUGUGACCACCACCACGGACACCUUGGCUCGGGCUCUCUUGCUGUCCUUGAUGAGGUGGUCGUAAGCGAACUUUAAAGCAGAAGGCGUGAAGGUGCCUCCAGCGAUCCACUGGAGAUUCUUCACAGCUGUUUUGAAGGCUGACAGAGAGUUGAUGCUCGGGUCAUUGAGAUGAAUGGCUUCAAAAGUGCCGUUGUGACUGUACUGGACAACUCCAACUCUUGUACCUGGAAGAAAGACGUAAGAAUGAGGGUGUUUCCAAAAAGUACUAAAAUAAAAAAAGUAAUAAAUACAAAAAGUCACGCAUAGAUGUGUAUUUUUUAAAGGACUACUUGUACUAAAAGGUGUGGUCCCUGCACUUUCUGUGAAGCAAAGUGAAACUUAAUAGUGUUGAUGAUUCUUGCAGGUGAAUCAUUGCAUUUGUGUUUGAUACUCAAAAUGGCUUAUUGAAAAUAGAAAGGAAAAAACACCCUGAUGUUUGGCUCGGUGCUUGCGUCACUCUGAAAGUAAAUUAUGCUUGUUUUCAGUCUGACUGUUUACUGGUAACACCUUGAAGGCUGAAAAUAUACAACACUUACAAACUGCCGUCACUGCGCAGUCACAGUUUUAAUGAAGAGCGCGCUGCCAGCAUGAGGUCCUGUCCAAAUGUUUUUGGCUGUGAGUGUGUAUUUAGUUUUGGAUUACAUGAUUCACUCAUUGGAAAUUGUUAAUCUUCUAUGGCAGCCUCUGCCUCUUCUUGUUGUCACUUGAAACCGCGUCUGCGAAAGCAUUUGCGGGGACAUCUGUGCUCUGCUUUGGUUUCUGAUUGAGUGUACCAGUUUGCGAUGCAGGGUCGCUGGCCAUAGAUCCCAGUCUGCUGAUGGUGUUGAUAACAAAGUUCUUCUCCAAGGUGAAGUUAGUCAGCCCUAUACUCUCUGAGCUAUCAAUUAUAAAAACAAUAUCCAGAGCUCCACAGUGCUUCUCACAGUCUGAGAGGAUAAAAAAAAAACAGAGCAGGAUCAGUAUGCAGUAGAAACUGAAAAUCUGAGCUGAGUGUAGUCUAUUAUGAUAUCCACCUACCACAACAACCACAAGUCUCCCUGAUGUAAGUCAUGACAGCACAGUCCUGCAGUGACAGAUAUGCAGCUUAAAAUAGAGCUAAAAACCAGGAAUGUAUAAAUAACACAUUGUGUGCAUAGAAGUAGUGCUUUAUAAAGGUUACUCACAGUGAGGCCAGGAUCGCCCUGUGGCCCCUCUCCCCCCUACGCAGAGAGUGAAAUACAGUUAGCACUUAAAUUUGCUUGCAUGGUCGGGUCAUCAUUUGAGUGGUUUUGCUGUUGCUUACAUCAGGUCCAGGUUCGCCGCUGGGUCCUCUGUUUCCUGGCUCACCUGGCUGACCUGGAUCCCCCUGUGUUCAAAGAAAAAAAAAAAUUAAAACACAUUUUUUCCAGGAGGGCUGACUAACCUCUGCACAAUAUUGCUCUUCUGUGGAGAUCUUAUCUUCCUCACUGUCUCCUGCCCCACAUAAACCUUAACACGGAUGUGUCAUUCUGCAAAGGAGUCCUGUUUAAUAUCUUUUUAAUGAUGUUUUAAAAACAGUCUGACAGUUUUGAUGACUGUUUCUGAGUCUGGCUGGGGCUGCUGGUGUGCAACUCUUCCUGUAAGAUGAGACACCGUACUCUGUGAUUUAUCUGGUGAAUAGUUCAGUUUAAUUGAAUUUGAUUAUGAUCUCAGUUAACUGUCAUACCUGGAGUCCACCACAGCUUCACACUCGAUAGAUACUAUAUUGAUCCUGAGGGAAAUUUGAAUUCCUCUUAUGCAUCGCUUGAUUUUAUUCAUGAGGCACUCGAUCAGGUGAGACUGAAUCAAUGUCUGAGUUACCUGUUAAGUUUCACCUACACUAUAACCCAUCUUAACAGCUACUUUAUCUGUUUGCUUUGUCUGUGAUUAUUCAAGAUUCAGGGUAACACCCAGAAGUUCUGUCUUGUGUUGGUUAGUUGACACAUAAUUUAUGGAGAAAUCAACAUAAUUUAUGUACAUAUUUUGAGGCUGAGCGUUGGUUUACAGUCAAAAACCAGACUACUGGUAUUAGAUGGAGUCAAAAUGAUUUUUUUUUUUUAAUCCAACCAACCCCUGAUUUUAAUUCUUAGUUCAGAUCUACGGUUUGAAAUGUAGCAUGUUAACAUCCAUAUGGUAGAACUAUGUAUAAGUAAGUGAAGAAAGGAGGCAUCCAUUAUUGCAUGGGGUCUCCCUGUUUGUAAUCACGCUCGUAAUGUGGUCACAACCUGCAUCAUUCUGCUCAACUCAGGCAACAAGCUGAAAGAACAAUAGUGACUCAACAGCUUUUUCAGCAGCUUAAUUAAUAAAGAAUGAAAAUUUAUUUUCUAAUGAACUCUUUAAAGACUCAUUUAACGCCAAAUUAAAGAGGAUAUAUUUGCACUUAAAUAAUUCUAGUGCAUUAAUAUCUAUGCUGAGCAGAUUUAAUGGGUUUGAUCAGCUGAUGUACUUUGUGUACCUACAAGAUUUGAACUUCCAUUAGGCUUAUUUAUUUAUUUUUUUUUUUGAGAACAAAAUCCAUCACAUUUUCACUGGAAUAUCCAAUAACAUCUGUUUCCCGUAACAAUGUCCUGAUUCUGAAGAUAAUCCACUGAGCGCCUCAUGAAGAGUUUUCCUUGGAAUAACCGCUCUGGCCAGUUGUUUUGAAAGAAAAAGCUAUUCUCAAACUUGCCAAAAUAAUUUUUUAUGCUGUGAACUCCUAAGC